AUGCGGGCCCGGCGUAAAUUGAGUUUGCCGGACGAGGACUUAACAAUGUUUAGGAAGAGAGCGCUUACGGAUAUAAUUGAACACGAAGAAGGAGGGAAAGCGGAAUUGGAACAGGACGAAGCAAACAUAGACAACAAAGAAAGCAAAGGUGAAGAACAAGAGGAGAACGAACUACCACAGAUGCAUCAAGUUAUCUUGGAUGGCAACACAGAAUUGCUCAAAGAACUAAUUAAAAGUGGUGCGGACAUAAACGUUUUGGAUCCAAGCGGAUGGCCUCCAAUGCAUACAGCUAUUCGCGCGGGAAAAACGGAGUGUGCUGCUAUACUUAUCAAAGAAGGUGCUGGAGAAUUUUAUUAUAACAAACAAAAACAAGACUAUCUUAAACGCCUUGAACGUUCCCAAAAGGGACGAAAGAUAUCGUACUGGAGGUGA